AUGAGGCUGGUCCACCUGGACCUCAAGGGAGCUGCACCCAGGGUCUCCUACCUGGAGCAGGUGUUCCCCCUCCUGUCCCAGCUGGGAGCCAACGGCAUCCUCAUCGAGUACGAGGACAUGUUCCCCUUCCAGGGGGAGCUGGAAAUCCUCAAGUCCCCGUACGCUUACAGUGAGGAGGACAUUGAGCGGAUCCAGCAGCUGGCGGAGCUCAACAAGCUGGAGGUGGUUCCCCUGGUGCAGACCUUUGGGCACGUGGAGUUCAUCCUCAAGCACGAGAAAUACCAGCACCUGCGGGAGGUCGAGCGCUUCCCCAACAGCUUCAACCCCCACGUCCCCGAAACCCUGGCCCUGCUCAAGAGCAUCUUGUCACAGGUGAUCGAGAAGCACAGGGGCUCCACCUGGAUCCACAUCGGCGCAGAUGAGGUCUUCCAUCUCGGGGAGGGGAUGGACUCCAAGAACUGGAUGAGCCGCAACAAGGGCGACACGGGGACCAUGUACCUGAAGCACAUCAAGGAGGUGCUGGGCUUCAUUGCCACGCAGUACAGAGGGCUGCGGGCCCUCAUGUGGGACGACAUGCUGAGGAAGAUCAGCGUGGGAGCCCUGCGGGAGUCCGGGAUAGCGAAGCACGUCUCGCCCAUGGUGUGGUUCUACGCACCCGACUUUGAGGCUGAGCAGAUCGGGCCGUUCCUCGCCAAGUACGCGGAGAGUGGCUUCGAAGCACACGGGUACGAUCACUACUCGGUGCUGUGCGAGCUGCUGCCCGUCGGCAUCCCCUCCCUGGCCAUCUGCCUGCAGACCCUGGUGAACGGGGGCUUCACGGACGAGACGAAGAGGAAGGUCCUGGACACGCUGGGCUUCCAGAGCAUGCAGCUGGAGCAGAGCACUUGCGAGGGCAGGGGAGCAUUCCCCGGCGCGGAGAUCUACCACAUGGUCGAGCAGGUUAACGGCCACCUGAAGGAGAGCAUCCUUAAAGCCCUGGAGGAGGAGAGCGCCAUCAAAGGCUGGUUCAGCCCCUAUCACCGGAAGCAUCAGUUCGGGAACCCCCGCAACAUGGAGAGCUUCGGCAGCAAGGUGCUGAAGUACGUGGUGCUGGGGGCCGGGAGCCACCUCGGGUGCCUGCGUGGGGCUGGGAGGGGUCCUGGGCUCAGCUCUGGGGUCCCUCGAAGAAGGGAGCUGGACCCUCACUCUCCCCCCGCCAGGCUCCACGAGGACUGGGAGAGCUUCGUCCGUGACCUGCGAGCCCACCUGGAGAGGGUCUACUUCCCCGACACGGUGGAGGAGUGGAUGGAGGAGAACAUCAACCCCUACCUGGACCAGCUGCGGGACCUGGUGCGGGACUACCGGGCCAUCAUCCGCCUCAAUGCCAGGCCCAAGAACACGUAG